ACUGAGCAUGCUCCCACUGCAUUUGAGCAUGCCCAGUAGCACAGAAAGGGAAGUUUCACAAAAUAGGGACAGGGACGUUUCACAUUACGGGCAGGGCAGCGUCUUCAACCCAAGCUGAGAGCUGAAGCGGCUCCUCUGAAGAAGAAAAGGCAUGUCUCAUUUUGAAAACAAAAGGCUACUAUUUGGCCUAAUGGCAGGGGCUGCAGGGAUAGGUUUGGUCCUAAUUUGGUAUCAAAGGACCCAGAAAAUUAGGAAAACUGCAGUUCAAAAUUCAGAGACUAGUACUGAUUUGGUAGAUUUUCCCUUUGAAACUCAUAAUGAACAAGGAACCAUGAUGAUCUUACAAGGAAGGCAGCUGCAGAUACUGAACAAAUUGAAUGGUUUACUGGGAAGUGUGGAAGAACUUAAAAGAGAGGUGGCAUUUCUGAAAGAAGCUAUUCCCAGGCUGGAAGAACUUGUUCAAGAUGAACUCCAAGGAAAAACAGAUACUCCCCGGAGCAGUCCAUUACACAGAGCAACAAGAAAAAGGAAAGUUGAGACAGGUCGGGGUGUGUCGGACACCACCAGUUCUGAAGAGGCAGAAAGUGAAGGCGGUUACAUUACAGCUCAUACUGACACUGAGGGAGAAUCUGAGGAAGAAAAAGGAUCGAUCAAUUCCUCCAUAUCAUCUCUGACACCAGAAGAGAAAAUAAAAUUAUUUCAUCUUCUGCAAGAGGCGGAUAGGUUGCAUGGUGGUUCAGAUGACGAGAUAAGAGAGAUCUUCAGACUUCUGCGUGAAAAUGAGGAAAAGUACAAAAACUCUGCUGGCUUUCUUUGGAGACUCACCCGAGCGUAUGGGGAUAUGUUUGAAAUAACUACAGAUGCUGAAGAAAAAAAGACCUAUGCUUCUGAAGGAAAACUUGUGGGUCAAAAUGCUCUUAAUCUGGAUUCAUCAAGUUUUGAGAGUCACCAAUGGUUUGCGAUUAUGUGUGGCUACAUGUCUCAGUUUGAAAGUACACAGAACAAAAUCAGGAAUGGCUAUCUCUUUAAGGAACAUCUAGACAAAGCAAUUGAACUUAAGCCUCAAGAUCCCUAUUUAUACUAUCUAACUGGAAGAUGGUGUUAUGAAGUAGCUCAGUUGUCCUGGAUUGAGAAGAAAGUUGCGACUGUUCUUUUUGGGACACCACCAACUUCAACAAUACAUGAAGCUUUGCAAAAUUUUCUUAAGGUUGAAGAAUUGCAUCCUGGAUAUUCUAAAUCCAGUUAUUUGUAUUUGGCAAAGUGCUAUAAAGAACUUGGCCAGAGGACCAAUGCUCUGAAGUACUGUGAAACUGCAUUAUCAAUGUUGUCAGUCACCAGAGAGGAUAAAGAUGCUCAGAAGGAUUUAGAAGCUUUACUUCCAUCCCUGAAGCUGUGAAAAACCAAAUGUUUUUAGUUACCAUGCUUGUUAAUGUGGAAGCAUGCUGAGAAUCCAGCUCCCAGUUCUGAAUGUAUAUGAAUCUUAUGGAGUGUUAAUGGUAUUUAUAGUCCAUUAUAGUUAAGGUGAGGAUCACUGUUAAUUGAGGUUUGAAAGUCCAGUGAAAACUGAUGGGACUUAGUUGCCUAAACAAAAUCAAGUUUAUUAAGAGCUAGUAACAAAAGUAUGGUAGCUGUUCAUAUGCAGUGAGCGCCAUACGCUGUCAUGGCUGUCCUGCAUGCCACCAAAAUCUCCAAUUGAGGUGGUGUUAUGGAGGCAAGCAGACCCUUGGUUCCCUAUAUGGUGACUGGUUCACACACAAGGCUCAUCACAAACUAGGAAUGACUGCUCAAGUGAACUUGAAGUCCCAAGCAGUGUUGCUUGGAUUGAUCUGAAGGAAAAUGCAGCUAGCUCUUCUGGGUAGCUGUACAUUUAAUUUUUCUUCUUGGCAAUAUCUGUUCAUAGGUUCUUUGAAUCAGAAGACCUCCAUGGGGCACUUCCAUUCCUUUUUGUUUAAAUAGAACUAGUCUGCAGUAAAGAGGUUGUGAAUCAUGGCCUUCAAGAGGGUGAUUCCAAGGAACUUAGCACAUGGAAAUCAUGCGUACCUUUAUUUUAAAUUCAUAGUGACUACGGCCCUCUUCAGACGUUGGUGGUUACUCAAGGUUGCCGCUCACAGAAGCGCUGGCCAUUGCUGUUAUGGCAUUUCCCCAUUCAGACAAACAGAGCCAUAACCGUGAGUGGGUGACAAGAGGGUGAGUGACAGCUUUGGGAGCAGUAACCAUGAGCACAGCAGCACUCACUAAUGUCUGAAGAGGGCUUAUCUUUUACUGAUGUUAAGUGUGUGUUGGGAAUCUUCCAGCAUUAAAUCCACUGCUGGCAAUGGAUGCCCUGGCAGCUGGUGAAUGACAGGAAUUAACUGUGCUGAGAAUGAUUAACUAGCUAGUUUUCCAUACCUGUACAGAAAUUGCAUGUAACAAUCUAUUUCUAUUUGCACAGACACAGGAGAAAAUAUAUUACAUAUGUGUACACAUUUUUGUUUUUUCUUCUCAGAGUAUAAUCUCAGGAACUUCCUCUUAAAGUUGUUUUAGUCUUUGAAUCUUAAAUGGAAAUAUGAAAAUUUCAUAAAUGAGAUAUUUAUAUAUGAUGCUUGAAAUAUCUGGAAUCAAAUCAAUAAGAGAAGUUGAUGUAAUUGCCUACUAUGUUGCUAUCUCCUUGUAUAAGGGGAUGUGGUGACUUCCAUAGAGGCUUUGCUUUUGGAGAACAGCUGUUCCAAUUUAAGGUCUCUGAACUCUGGAGACAAGCGAGGGCAAGGAAGCACAACAGCUGGAGAGUUUCAAGGAGUAACAGUUGCCACAACCUCACUGACUAUGCACCCAUGCAGUGGGAAGAAGUGUCCCCAGUCUGGAGAGCUUCCGGAGCUCUGCAGUGCUUAUUGCAUUUAGGGGAGGUGAUUGUCAGUGAUCUCUCUUUGCCCCUGAAGAGUACUCCACCUCCUGACAAUAUGUCUCUAAAGGUCACAAAAUAAUCCUCAGGGAUUAUUUGUGGGUGGUGCAGGGCACUUCCGGGGAAACGAGAGAUCCGUGCAAAUCCCCCUCCCCACGUGAUAAGCACUGUGGUGCUCCAGAAGCAUACCGGACCGGCACAGAAGCUUGAUUAGUGAGGAUGUUGCCCAGAAGAAACUUGAUUGCACCUGAACCCCAAUACUCUUCCCCCACUCUGAUUUCUUCAUGCCCAGUUCCACUUGUUUGAACAGUUUAAUGUCUGCAAUUUGUUGCAGUGUGGGGACUGAUGAACUGUGUAGUUUAUUAAUAAAGUCACAAAUUAGUCUCUCCAACAUAGCUCUUUGUGCUCCAAAGGCAACCAGUAUUUUACUAAAUUAAUACAUCUUAAUAUCUUUCAAGAAAAAGAGAUUUCCUCCCCCUGCCUAUAUCCCAAAGUGCCUUCUAAUCUUAACAUCUGGAGGACGCAAGUUUUGGGCAGUAUAGAAAUAUUUUAAAUAAAUAAAUAAAUAAAUGGUCCUAUCUGUGUAUUGUUUAUAUAGCAAAGGCUCUCAAUGGUCUUCAAACUGUUAGAAAGAUAUAUUAAAUCCUUAAACAACAAAACGUCGUAUGUUUGAGAAUAAGCCUAACCUUUUGAAGGUGUUGGGGCUCAUAAGUGUCUUUUCUACAGGUCUUUCUGCUUCUUAAAGGUAAAGUGUGCCUUCAAGUCAGUGUCGACUCCUUGCGACCACAAAGCCCUGAGUUUUUUUUCCUUUGGGCAGAAUACAGGAGGGGUUUACCAUUACCAAUUCCCAUGCAGUAUGAGAUGAUGCCUUUCAGCAUCUUCCUAUAUCACUGCUGCCCGAUAUAGGUGUUUCCCAUAGCCUGGGAAACAUACCAGCGGGGAUUCGAACUGGCAACCUCAUGCUCGCUAGUCAAGCCAUUUCCUUCUGCGCCAUUAGGUGGCUUUUUAUCCCCUGUCAAUUUGCUGUUGGCUGCUGCCACUUCUAGCUUCCGUUUAUCAGCUGAACUUGUUUCUUCCCAUUCAUCUAUUUCAGGGCCGGUUGCUCAGACCAUAUAGAAUGUUUCCUUUCCUGCACACCUAACAGUUCCUUUGGGGACCCCCCCCCCCAAUCCCUCAGUUUCCUCGGACUGUUCUUGUCACAAGAUUCUGUCUGGCAUUCCGCUCACUCUCCUGCAACUAUCCAUGGCAACCAACAGGUUCUUUCUUGCAUUCUGUCUCUUCCUGCCUUUGGAACACUGUAGGUUUUUGUUGAUCAUUCAUCAAUGAGAGCUGCCAACCCCUUUAAACUAUCCAAAACUGUCAGAGAAAUGUGGAGCAUACUAUGUUCCACAUUUCUCGGACAGUUCAGCAUACAGCAACAAAUAUCAAGUUAGCAAGCUUUCCAUGAUAUCCAAGUCCUCCAACAUCCAUUUUGUGUCUUCCUUCUGUGAUAUGUUGUUUUCUUGGGAUGAUGGGACAUGUCUAAAUGGCAAACAUGUCUAAGUAAAAAAAUUAAAAAUAUAUAUGAGCCAAUGCCAUCUGACCUGAAUGUACGCACUCAGUAUAUAAUCUAUGCCGUUCUCCCUCCCUCCAGAGCAAAUAAUCUGAAGAUCUUAUUUACUGAGCCACCCACCAACACAAGUUGUGUUGAAUCUGCUCUGGCUUUCUUGCCAAACCAAAUGGCGUUUGCAUCCAAGCACCAGGAGAAGCCAAAGCGUAAUACUAAACCUGGGAGGCUUCCAGCCAAAUUUUUAGCAAUUAGCACUUGGUUUUUGUGCCAGGCAUACCACUCAGCUGUGACCACAGGCCUGUCAGUAAACUUCACUUGAGACAGAAGAGUCCCACAGGCAUUAAGAAAGAUGCCCAUGAAACUAUACUUUCUGACCACCAAUAACAAAGUUAUAAAAUAUCAGUUUGAAAGAUUGCCUUUUGCUCUGUCUGUCUAUAGGAAGUAAUAAAAAAGUAAAGGUU